UGUACAGGGACGUGAUGUUGGAGACCUACAGGAACCUGAUCUCUGUAGAUCUCUCUCAUAUACACAUGAUCAAGAAAUUACAACUAAAAUCAAACACUGCUAUAGGAGAAGUAUUCCAAACAGUGAUGUUGGAAAGCCAUGGAAGCUGUGAAAUCAAGCAUUUUUACCUACGGGAAAUACAGGAGAAUAUGCAUGACCUUGGGUGUCAGUGGAGAGAUGAUGAAAGAAAUUACAAAAAUAUCCCUAUAUCCCCUAACGAAGAUGUCACUUAUAGAAGAGUUCGACAUGGUGGAAGGGAUUCAGGAAAGAAGCCGAUUGCAAAUAGGCUGGCAUUAAGCUUUUCAGAUGAACUGCAUAUGUUUAAAAGUAAACAGAAAAUUUAUGAAUUUCAUCAAGCUGAUAAGAGCAUCAGCAAUAGUACCUCAUUUUCACCAUCUCAAGAAAUUUCUCCUACUGGCCAAUCCGAAAUUUCUAAUAUACAUAGGAGUGAUUUUAUGCAUCUUUCAAUACUGGCAGAAGACCAGAAAGCACACAGGGAAAGUCCUUACAAAUGUAAUGAGUAUGACAAAACCUCUCCUAAGGGCUCAAACCUCAGUAGAUAUCAGAGAAUCCACACAGGAGAGAAAUUGCAUAAAUGUGAUGUGUGUGGCAAGGUCUUUCGUCGAAAUUCAGACCUUGUAGGUCAUAAGAGGGUUCAUACUGGAGAGAAACCUUAUAAAUGUAAUGAGUGUGGCAAGAGGUUUAGUCAAAAUUCACAUCUUACAAGUCAUCAGAGAAUUCAUACUGGAGAGAUGCCUUAUAAAUGUAAUUUGUCUAAACAAUAUCAAUGUGAUGUAUGUGGCAAAGUCUUUCAUCAAAAUGCAGUCCUUGUAGUUCAUCAGAGAAUUCAUACUGGAGAGAAACCUUACAAAUGUGGUGAAUGUGGCAAUGUCUUUAGUCAAAAAACACACCUUACAAGUCAUCUGCAAGUUCACACUGGAGAAAAACCUUACAAAUGUAGUGAGUGUGGCAGAGUCUUUAGUCAAAAUUCAAACCUUGCACGUCAUCAGAGAAUUCAUAAUGGUGAGAAACCUUACAAAUGUAAUCAGUGUGGCAAGCUCUUUAAUCGAAAAGGAAACCUUGCAGUUCAUCAGAGAAUUCAUACUGGAGAGAAACCUUACAAAUGUAGUGAGUGUGGCAAAGUUUUUAGUAAAAAUUCAAACCUUGUGUGUCAUCAGAGAAUUCAUACUGGGGAGAAACCUUACAAAUGUAACGAGUGUGGCAAAGUCUUUCGUUACAAACAACGUCUUCAAAUUCAUCACAGACUACAUAAUGGAUAGAAACCUUGCAAACGUAUUGAGUGUGGAAAAGCCUUUACUCAGGUCUCAACCCUUGCUACAUAUCAGAAAAUCCAUACUUAA